GAAACUAGUUAUGGGGAGAUGUUAUGUAUUUACUGCAGAUCUAAGCUUGGGGAUGAGAUUCGCGAGCUUCUGCAAAUUCUUUACAUUCCUAACCGAAUUUAACCUGGUUAAUGGACGGGACAUGAAAAGCCAUGCAGAAAUGCAGUAAAUUGAAGAAGUGGCAAUGAAACAGAAGGCCAAGGACGUUAAAAUCUUGAUUUCCAAGACUUGCCCAUUCUGAAGACGAUAAUGGCAUAUAGUCAAGCUUCUUCACCUCUACAGUCUGAGAGUCGUCAAGGUUCUGUUUUUAGCAAGAAAUACAUAUGGGGAGGAGUUAUCGUCGCCAUCUCAAUGUUAUUUUUUGUUGGCUCAAUGCUCUGCUGCUUUAGGAAAAAGCUUUAUGCAAACUGCAGUUCACGUAGGAAACAAAAAGGAGCUCUAAAAGCUGAAGAACUGAUGCUAAGGAUCUUCCAGCUGGAAGAAAUACUGAAAGCAACAAACAAUUUCAGCAAAGAUUGCCUGUUAGGGAGUGGUGCUUUUGGAAAUGUUUACCAAGGAAUGUUUGAUGGAGAGAUAUUGGCUAUCAAGAAGGCCCAUAGUGAAUCCUACAUGAGCACCGAAGAAUUCAUAAACGAAGUGAGGUUACUUGCGAGAGUUAAGCAUGGGAACCUUGUCGGUUUAGUUGGGUUCUGCGAAGAAGCUGGGCCAAAGGGAUCAAAGAUACUGGUUUAUGAAUAUGUUCCCAAUGGUUCACUGCUUGACUAUAUUAUGGGAAGGGGAGGGAAGAGCUUAAAAUGGAGACAGAGAGUGAACAUAGCCAUUGGAGCAGCCAAAGGAAUAGCUCAUCUGCACCAAGGAAUCAAGCCGGGUAUAAUCCACCGGGACAUAAAACCAAGCAACAUCCUAAUCGGAGAAAGCUUCGAGGCCAAGGUCUCAGAUUUUGGGCUCGUGAUAUCGGGUCCUAGUGGUGAUCAAUCCCAUGUCAGCUCUCAAAUCAAAGGGACACCAGGGUACCUCGACCCGGCCUAUUGCUCAACUCUCCAUUUGACUCCAUUCACUGAUGUCUUUAGCUUUGGAGUCAUACUGCUGCAGCUUGUUGCUGCCAGACCUGUGAUUCUCUCAACUAAAGCCCAUCCCAAUCACCACAUUAUUGACUGGGCAAGGCCUAGCUUGGAGCAAGGCAGGGUCGAGGAUAUUGUCGACGUUAACCUUUUAUUGGAGCCCUGCAACAUGGAGAUGAUGCUGAAAAUGGGACAACUAGGCCUAAAAUGUGUGGUGCAAGACCCCAAGCAAAGGCCAACCAUGACACAAGUCUGGCAAGAACUGGAGGCAGCUCUCUACUUGGUCGACAAUAAUGUCGUACAUAAACAGCCUUCUGACCAUCUCUGCAGACCAACCAGCAGGUCAAGCCAAUUGCCAGAAAUCUGGAACCAAGACUCAACACAGCUCUCCUCCCAGAACUCCAUUAGUAUAGAUGCCAUUCAACUCCAAAAGUUUUACAUAGAGAUGGAUAGCUUAUCCCACUUUCCAACUGAAAAUUUGGGGUGGCUGGAGAAUAAGAGUGCAGAUGCUGAUGAUUAUGAUUCUCAGAAUCUUAAGGAAACUAUUAUAGCUGUGGAAGACUAUAACAUGCAUCGUUAAACAUCAUUUCUACUUGUGAGACUAUGUUUCUCUUGUACAUAUAUAGCUUGGUAUCUGUGCUGUAUUCUGUUGGUAACUCAAACUCAAACCACUUCUGGCUUGAGUUUCUUUAAUUCAUAAAUUGUAUCAUGAGUUUUGAUUCAUCAA